AUGGCAUCAUCGAUCAAUACAUCAGAGGAAAAUGUGAAGUUGAAAACUCACCACCUUGCGGUAGCUGCCAUCGAUUUUGGAACCGCAUUUACAGGUUUUGCAUACUCGUUUUUGGACAAACCGGGCCAGAUUAUUACAAGUAAAUGGGAUGGUGACAAUGUGCGCACGGCUACGGAAAAAGCACCGACAUGUGUACUGCUGUCGCCAGACAAAAGGUUUGUCGCCUUUGGUUAUGAAGCUGAGGAAAGAUAUAGCACUUUGAUGCUAGAAGACAAGGCAAACGGUGGCACAAGUAACGCAAAAGAGCAUUACUUUUUUGAGCGGUUCAAAAUGAUGCUUUACAAGACGAAGAAACUUAGAUUGGACACAAAGCUUUCCGAUGCACAUGGAAAAGAACUCCCGGCGGUAGAAGUGUUUGCUAUUGUAAUAAGCCAUUUGAAAGAAAAAAUUAUCGAAAAAGUAGGAAAUGCUUCUUCUGGAUUCCAAGAAGAUGAUAUACUAUGGGUGAUAACCGUACCAGCAAUAUGGUCUGAUUCUGCCAAGCAAUUUAUGAAAAAGGCAGCAUGUAUGGCAGGGCUUGAAGCCGGUAACGUCAAACUCAUACUUGAACCAGAAGCAGCUUCUAUCUAUUGCAACAAUGAAAAGUUAUGCAAAAUAACAAAACUGGAUGGAUCCAUUGCCCUAGAAGAGUUUCCAGAAGGCAUGAAAUAUAUCGUUGCUGAUUUAGGAGGCGGAACAGCUGAUCUUUCUGUUCAUGAAGUUUUACCGGAUAGAAAUCUAAAAGAAAUUCACCGAGCCGAUGGAGACGCAUUGGGUGGUAUGUUGGUUGACCAGGCAUUUUCAGAGAUCUUGGAAGACAUAUUUGGAUCAAACGUUAUGCUGUAUCUUAGAGAAUACAACACAGAUGCCGUGAUGGACAUUCGGCUAGCUUUUGAGACAAAGAAAAGAACAUUUAAGCCCGAGAAACCUGGUCCGAUACAUAUAUCAAUUCCAGUAGCUGAAUUAAGCGAAGCACUUAGUGAGCUGAAGGAAGAAAGUAUUGAAACAAAGAUAAAGAAAGCUUCUGAAAGGUGUGGUUUUGAAAGUGUUAAAUUGGUAACAAAUAAACUGUUCUUUGGGAAGGAGAUAAUGGUAAAGGUUUUCUCAAAGGCAAUUGACGGGAUUGUUGGUUUUAUUAACAGAAUGCGUGAAAAUGAUGAACUUGGAGAAAUAAAUAGUUUACUCUUAGUAGGUGGACUUUCCGAAUCUGCAUAUGUCCAACACGUUGUCAAACAGAACAUUCCAUGAGUAAAAGUUUUCGUUCCUGGAGAACCAUCUCUAGCUGUCCUGAAAGGUGCAGUUAUUGCAGGUCGCAAUCCGAAAACUAUAACCGAACGUAUUGCUCGAUAUACAUAUGGAUUCUCGUUUGCACGGAAAUUCAAACCAGGAGAGGAUCCAGAGGAGUUAAAGUUUACCCAAAAUGGUAUGGAUUACUGCACAUUUAUCUUUGAAAAAUUAAUAACAAAGGGGGACAUCCUUAAAGUUGGAGACCAUUUCGGUACAGCUUGCAUGCACGAACUGGACAGGUCUGAUGUUCUAGGUCUUCUACUAACGGGGUUUAUGCCCCUGACCGCAGACAUCUACAGAUCUGAACAAAGCGAUCCAAAAUACUCAGAGGAAAAAUACGGCUGUGAGCGUAUCGGUGUUAUGCUGAUAACACCACCAAAGUCUGGUUGGCCUCUUUUUUCUUGUCUUGUCCAAGAACUCGUUGUAGGAGAGGCUGAGUUUACUGUUCGUGCCAUUAAUGUCAACACAAUGGAAGUGUUCGAAGGGCAACUCGACUUCUUGCAGUCAGCAUCAAAGGAAUGAAAGUGACAUAGUUUGGUCUCUUAAUGAAAGAGUUUAUCAUAAACAGAACAAUGUUCACUUAAACCUUAAUUAGCCUACAGAAUUUGGAAAUUUUUCAAAAUGCAUAUAACUGAAAAAUGUGCACAUUAAUUUCAACCAUAAUUUUUAUCUUCUGUACAUAAAUUCGUAUUUGUGGAAACAAAAUUAUCAUUUUGUUCAAAACAUUAACGAAAUAUUGCUGAAAUCAUAGAUUUUUCAGACAGCAUUUUUGUCAUACCUUUUGUACAUUUGGAAAUGUUUUUUUUAUUAGUGAGCACAGUUAAGGACCACCUGUAAUGUUAAAAUGCUGUUUUUUAUGUCAGAUAUUUUCUUUAACUAUAGAAUGAUUUGCAAAACAAAUUAGUUUGAUAAAACAGUAGCUCUUGAUAAAAGAAAUGUUUUUUUUUACUCCUUCUACAGAUUUUAGGACAUUUAGGAGUUAAAAGAUUCGUAAUUGUGACGGAGUUUGAAAAUGUCACCCAGUUAAUCUUAGGAUAAAACAGCAAACUUUUCACAAUAUCCUACUAUUUAGAACGUUUUUUUAAGUUGGUUUCAACAGCGGGUGUUAAGUGCUGUGUGGCGGCCGUAAAAAGUCGCCCCGACUUCAUCUUAGUGUUGUUUUAUUUUCUGGUCCUUCGGGAUCAUUGAUUUCAACUCAAUGACAUUUAGAUUUGAAGAUUGAAUACUGCUUAAGCCGGUGCUAGGGGGCGUGGGCAGUAUUGCAUUUUCCAUUACUGGCCAUGAACAGACUCAAUCAAACCGAGUCUGUAAUUUUCACUGUUUGCCUUGUUCUCGAUGCUUCCGAGGGAUCUAAUUUCCAGAUUUUAUUCAUAAAUAUACAAUUCAAUAGCUGUUCUAUUAGAUAAAAAAAAAACACCUGAAGUGUCAGACAGCUACAACCGUACUGUUUGUUGUAUUCAAAUUGACAAGUGAUACAAAUUUCAUUAGAAAUAAACAAGAAAUAUCUUUAAAAAGAUGGUCAGCGUGAUGUAACUGAAGCACAAGUUAUAUAUGGGCAGAAAACUGUAUUUUAAUCUUCUGGCAAUGUUGAAAGGGGCCUCUGUGAAGUUUUGUAUAAAUGAGGGCAGUAGUUCUGAAGAAGACUGUGUUUAGAAAUUGUGGAGGGACACACGACGGACACCAAACAAUCACAAACGCUCACUUUGAGACUUUGGUGCUUAAAAGAUGGUAACAGUAAGCAAACAAUAUUGAAAUAUGUUCUAUACUUUAUUUCUUGAAUUGUUGGAAGCAACAUGAACCUUUACCCUACUUCAGCUUAUUAUCAAAUUUGUCUAUCAUUCAGAAUAUGUACAGCACUGUUUUCACCGGAAGAUUAAUUUAAAACUUAGAGUCUUAAAUUAAACAGUAUCGGA